ACCUUGGUAUGGUUACGAUAGACGAUAACCUUAUCUUUAUUUCACUUGGAUAAUCGCUAAUGGAAUUUAAAUGCUGGAACUAUUUAUAAAGCUCAAUUUUACAUCAAUUUUGAAAAUUAAAAAUUUCUACUCGAUUAUAAAACUCUAGAUGGAUAAUUAUCGAUAAAUUUUAGUGUCAUGAGGAGUGUGCCGAUUCAACGUGCAGUGCCGCAAAAUGUUAUGUCAUUUCAUAUAUCAAAACGAGAGAUGGACGAAUGCAAGCGAUUAAUUGUUUAUAAAGGCAAUGCGAUUUUCGAUGAUGUUAUUGUCAAGUUACAAAAUGUACUUAGGUAUGAUGAGAUUAGUAGAAGUGAAUUCAAAGCAUUUGCAGGGGAUAAUGUUGAAAAUAAAUGUAACAUAGUAAAACCAAUUAAUCUGAAUACAAGAGGUCUCAAUUCCUAUUUCGUCUCGGCUUACAUUGCAACGCUGUCAAAAUCAUACGUUUAUCGUAAGAGUGCUAUGAGCAUACUGAGAAAAUUUCAGGGAACAAGCAAUAGACCACUUGACAGCGAACAUGUACAGAUAAUAUUUAUAAGAUUGAAAACUCCAAGAAAGCAAUUUUUGGAUUAUAAAUGGAGCGAAAGAUUAAUGCAAAUGGUUCUAGAAAGACAAGAAGCUGAUCAUGCCAUGUCUUGGUUAUCCACGCUGGGAGGAGCGUUUUCUGCAUUGGGAGAAGAAUUUGAACACUGUGCUAAAAUGGCAGGCAAAAUUUCAGUGAGGCAAUUUGAAUUAGCAUUGCGUCUUGACAAUCCUCUCCUUGUUGCCCGUUGUAGACUUUACUCUGCAUUAAGCUUAAUUCAACGUGGUUGUUUUACCACUCCACAGCACAUGAUAAGGAGAAUCUACAAAUUUGCACUCAGAGAGAAAGAUGUGCGUCUGCAAAACAUGUGUCAGGGUGUAUGGGCCAAAUUGCAACAUAGUUACAAGCAAUACAAGCAGCAAAAGUCUGUAUCAUUCAGAACUUUGCGUAUAUCUUCAAAUGCAUAGAAAAUUUAAACUUUGUAUGUUUUGUAAGUAUGUUGAUAAUAUAGAUAUUUUCUAAGCA